AGAUUUCAGUUUUCUUUCCUUCACAGUUCAGUGGGGACUGCCAACAAUUUCAGCUGCUGGAGUAAUAGGGAUGCUCAGCGCCGUUGUUGCUAGCAUUAUUGAAUCAAUAGGAGAUUACUAUGCCUGUGCCAGGUUGUCUUGUGCUCCUCCUCCUCCUAUUCAUGCAAUAAACAGAGGGAUUUUCAUUGAGGGUCUCUCCUGUGUCCUGGAUGGAGUAUUUGGGACAGGGAAUGGAUCAACUUCUUCCAGCCCUAACAUUGGUGUCUUGGGCAUCACAAAGGUUGGAAGUCGCAGGGUCAUACAGUAUGGGGCAGCCUUCAUGCUCCUGCUUGGGAUGGUUGGCAAGUUCAGUGCUCUCUUUGCAUCGCUGCCUGACCCCGUGCUCGGUGCCCUCUUCUGCACUCUCUUUGGGAUGAUCACAGCCGUGGGUCUGUCUAACCUCCAGUUCAUCGAUUUAAAUUCUUCUCGGAACCUGUUUGUACUUGGAUUUUCCAUUUUCUUUGGACUUGUCCUUCCAAGCUAUCUCAAACAAAAUCCACUGGUCACAGGCAUAGCAGGCAUCGAUCAAGUCCUGAACGUCCUUCUCACUACAGCCAUGUUUGUCGGUGGCUGCGUUGCGUUUAUUUUGGAUAACACCAUUCCAGGAAGCCCUGAAGAAAGGGGAAUAAGGAAAUGGAAGAAAGGGGUUGGUAAAGGAAGCAAGUCACUGGAUGGCAUGGAAACAUAUGAUUUGCCUUUUGGCAUGAACUUUAUUAAGAAAUACAGGUGUUUCAGCUUCCUGCCCAUCAGCCCAACCUUCAUGGGUUACACGUGGAAAGGCUUCAGGAAAAGCAGUAACUGCAGGAGUUCAGAUGAAGACUCAGAAGCUACAGUAUAGCCUUAGCUGAAAUUCUAUUAUCUAGUUGUAGUAAAAGAUGUAUUUGCGGUUUCUUGCUGAUUAAGAAGCAUUAAAAUAUAUGUUUUGUAUAUCUGCAUUUAAAUUCUGGAACCAGAGCUGAGACAGAUUUAAAAGAGAAAAAAAAAAGCUUUCCUGUUGUGGGUGGUGGCACCAGAUUUAGUGUCUCUGGGUCAAAUCUGCUGAUGCUCCUCUGUGUGAUUCUCAAAAGCUAGACAUCCUUGCUCGCCUAAGCCUGGUUAUUCGAAGUGGGGCUUAGUUUUCCCAAAGUAUGGAGGUGCUAUUGACAGAUGUUCCUACUUAUGGUGAUUGAUGUAAGUCAUUGACUGGCGUUUUUGGCACGUUCAUUGCUGGCAAUGGUAGUUACGCCAGAAAAUCUGAAUCC